AUUUGGAGAAAUUAGAGGCAGGGCGGAGAACAGAAAGAGAAAGAGGAGCGCUCACUCUUCUUGGAACCAGUGGUUAAAAAGUGUGAAGAGGAAGUAGGCACAGGCAGAUGUUUUUCUAAAUUCAGAACGGCACACUGCAUUGCUGGAGAUAAAGCUUGUGCCCUAAUAAACUUUCCAGUUGUCACAAGCCACCUAGUUGUCACACAGCUACUCCUCUCGAAAUUGCUGAUCCCAGGCCUAGAAGACUUCUGGAAUCAUGGAGACCCCACUGUCUAUCUGCUUCCUUUCAAUCUUCAUUGUUACAGGGGCUUCUCUGGAGUGUGAGACUUGUGCAGGCGUUGGGAAUACCUGCACUGGACCUAUGGAAACAUGCUCUCCUGGUUUUGACAUGUGUGCUGUUUCUCUAUCAGAGGUCAGAGUGGGAAUGAGGAUUGACUCCGUUAUGAAACACUGUGCACAAUCCAAAUCCUGCAAUGAUGGCAUCUCUAUCAUCAAUUUGGGCAAGGCAGGAGCAAUACUGAGCCAAGUGUUUUGCUGCGUUGGAACCAAGUGCCGGACAAUGACCCCCACCUUGACACACACAAGAAGCAAACCAAAUGGGAAGGUUUGCCCAGCCUGCUACGCUAUGAACAGUGAAUGUGAGGAGGAAGAGGCUCAAUGCAAUGGAGAGGAGAACUAUUGCCUUGAUGUUUCUGGAACUACAGAGAUGGGAGCGUUAGCUGUUAAGACCACCAUGAAGGGCUGCACGAACUCCGCAACCUGUGAGGAACUGAAAGAACAUUCCGGCUCUAUAUCUGGGAUCACUGUUACUGCCUCAAGCAGUUGCAAGCCAGCUGCCGGCUCUGGAGGCCACAGGAUUGUUCCAGGAUCAUUUGGACUCUUCCUUGCAGCCCUUGCAGGCCUCCAGUUUGUUAUGCACCUCCCAUGAUUUCGCCCCCUAGGGUGUCUGGCUUGAGGAAUUCCUUGCUGCCGCUUGCUUGCUUGCAUAUGCAGACUAUAGGCUUUGCAUAGCUCUCACUGACCUCAGCAAACACCAGGUAUAGGGCACCAAAUAUGGGCCUUCUAGACCUCUCUAUGUGGCCCUCACCAACUUUGCUCCCUGACCUUCUUGAGUGUUUUUGUCUGUCUGGAAUGAACUUAGCUCAAAUACAGCCGCAACACAUGGCUAAUAAGUAUGGUAAAUGUAUUAUUAUUAGUACUUAGAAUAUAAUCCAAAUUUUACAAAUCAUAAGCAUCAUUAUAUAAUGUAUGUAUAAGUCCAUAAACAAGAAAUAGUCAACGUAAUGAAUUGCUGUCAGGAAACACCACAACAUAGGCAGAAUGCCUUUCAAUAGAUAAUGUCCAAUAGUAUUGUACUGGUGGGUGCUCCAAUGUGUAGAAUUCAAUAAUUAACAGCAAACAAGCAGAACAGUGUUUCUAGAUUAAGUCAACUGUUUCAAAGAUAAAAUUAAAUACAUUACAUACAAUGUAUGAAAACAAAAAUAACAGCGACCAACCUGCAUAUUAGAUAAUAAAAAAAUGAACAAAUGUGCAAUACAUACCAAGUAAUUUCUAAUAAAUUAUCCAUUCAGGUAAAUGUGA